UGAUUUGAGAGUUGGUGAUGAAUCUAAUAAACAAGGCAUGAAAAAGAACCCUUCUCUGUUUCUUCCCCUUUUCUUUAUAAUAGCAGCCAAAGCAAUCCAAGCUGUGCCUCAGCGAAAAGAGUUAAAUCUUAUCGUUACAGACGAAGGAAGAAGACACUUCAAGAUUUUCUACCUUCUAAGUUGGCCUUCAUACUAUGAUAACAUCUCCAUCUGCUUCCUCUAUGUCUGCAAACCUGCAGGAGGAGUCAAGCUUGGAUGUCUCCAUUCCACAGAACCAGCUGUUGUCAGAAAGUCUCAAGGGUCUGAGGAACAUGCGAUCGCAGUUAUACUCGGCAGCAGAAUAUUUUGAACUAUCUUACAAGAACGACGACAAGAAAGAACUAAUCUCAAAGACUUUGAAAAGUUAUACUCUUGAGACUCUUGCUGAUGCUGUGAAUCGAUUAGGCUUGGUAUCGAAUAAUGUAAACAACCUUCUCCAUCAAGAAGUUAAUGAGAUCUCUGCUGCAGAGUUUCAAGUAUCAUGCAUUGAGCAGAGAUUUAAUACAUUUCAAGCAUGUCUAGACAAGGAAGGCCUUCAUGAACAAUCCCAUUUGAUCAAAUCGCCAAAGCAUCACAAGCACUACAUUCUACAAGGUGAUGAACCUAUGCAAACGUAUGAAGGCAUACAUCCACCUCAAGAGGCCAGCAAACUAAGAAAGCAUAAAACUGCUCGACGCAGGUUGCCUCCUCCUCCUCCUGUCCUUAGUUCAUACACUCUGACUUGGCCCUUGCCGCGACUUGGGAAGACAUUUUUAGACAAAAGUAAGCUGAUUGCACAGCUUCAGGAAGAUCCUAAUUGUGCUCUUUACGACAUGGAAAGAAGAGAAAAUUCACAACUUCAAGCAAAUCGACCAUUUAUAUCUGACUCAUGGCCGAAGUAUAAUUUGGAGCCGCAACAUUCACUUCCAGUAUACUUGCAUGAUGGUGAGAGGAUCAGACGCAGAGAGACAGAGGAGGGAAAUAGGAGAAAAAAGAGGGGAUUUUUCAAGGGCUUGUUCUCAAGGAAGAGUUCAUGGACUGACGAGCCUAUGUAUAAUUAUUUAGAUGAAUAUUGAGCAAGCUAAGGAAGAAGAAAGACAAAAGAAAAAAUGAAGAUUAUUUUCUUUGUUUUCAUGAUGUAGAUUAUUUAUAAAACUAAUUGAUUCAGACAUUCA